UCUUGAUUUGAGCGUAUAUCUUCCAGAUUGUUCGAAUCCCUAUGAUCUAAAUCGAUCUAGGGCUUAAGGGCUCAAGCAAUUGGCGUUGGAUGUGGAUCGUUGGAAACAGUGAUCUUCUAAUGGAGUUGGGUGCUGGGGUAGAGUUGGCAACUACAGCUGUGCCACACCUUUUUCUGCCUUUAGCUUGUGCUACCAAUGUGGCCAAGAAUGUUGGUGCUGUCACAUCAACCUCAACUCGCACUCCAAUAUACAAAGCCUUUGCCAAAGGUGAAAACAUUGGGGAUGUUACUGCGAAGGGAGAAUGUGUUGGCAAUGUUGCCGAUUUGGGAGACAUCCUGGAAGACCCAACAAAGGAGCCAAACAAGGAUAUGUACAUGAUGACUAUUGAGCCAGAAGAUGAACCCAACCAACCUGAAUAUGUACAAAUUGGGAUGGUUUCAGCGCUUCCUGUUUCAGUCAGUGGAAAGGAAUUCUCCCAUGCAUCUCUUCUUUCUGAGCUGAAUGAAAUUGGUGGGCAUAUUAUUUGA